CUCGACGUCGCGCAGCCGGAGCGGCCGCGGCCUCUUCCCACACGCAUGGCCUCUCCCUACCGCCGCCGCCACCACCACGGGGCUCGGUACCGGGCAUGCGUCCGGUGACGGCGCCUCGUUGGCGGUGUCGGGGUCGGUGACGCAGAGCCGCGCGGGAGCCGGCGCUGAGGGGACACACACACCCCGCAGGCGGCAGGGGGCGGUCCUUCCGGGCCCUCACUUCCGGCGCUGGUGCUGCGGCGGACGGUGUGGCAGCGCCGCUCGUGCCGCUCCGCGCCCGCCCCGCACCGCCCCCCCCACCCCCCCCCCCCACCGCAUGCAACGCCGCGACGACCCCGCCGCCCGCAUGGGCCGGGGGCCGGGCCCUGGCGGUGCUCGGCAAGGGGGACCCCAACAGAGGCGGCCGCCCCGUGGCGGUGGGGGCCGAGGGGCCGGUAGCGGGGCGCAGCAGCCGCCGCCGCUGCUGCCGCCCGGCUCUGCGGGCUCCGGCUCGGCCGGUCAGGGCGGCGGUGCCAACGCUGCCCCGCUGCUGACCGGGUCCGGUGGCAAGAUGGAGCCCGAGAACAAGUACUUGCCCGAGCUGAUGGCCGAGAAGGACAGCCUCGACCCGUCCUUCACGCACGCCAUGCAGCUCCUCACAGCAGAAAUUGAAAAAAUUCAGAAGGGUGAAACAACAAAGAAGGAUGAGGAAGAGAACUACCUGGAUUUAUUUUCCCACAAGAAUAUGAAACUGAAAGAACGAGUUCUGAUACCUGUCAAACAGUACCCCAAGUUCAAUUUUGUUGGAAAGAUUUUGGGACCUCAAGGCAACACCAUCAAGAGACUUCAGGAAGAAACUGGUGCUAAGAUAUCUGUGCUUGGGAAGGGUUCAAUGCGAGAUAAAGCAAAGGAGGAAGAGCUGCGUAAAGGGGGAGAUCCUAAAUACGCUCAUCUAAACAUGGAUUUGCACGUCUUCAUUGAGGUUUUUGGACCCCCUUGUGAAGCGUAUGCUCUGAUGGCUCACGCCAUGGAGGAAGUCAAGAAGUUCCUCGUUCCAGAUAUGAUGGAUGAUAUCUGUCAGGAGCAAUUCUUGGAGCUCUCCUAUCUGAACGGUGUGCCGGAGCCAAACCGUGGCCGAGGAGUCCCUGUGCGGGGAAGGGGAGCAGCUCCACCGCCACCUCCGCCGGUUCCAAGGGGCCGUGGUGUUGGGCCUCCCCCUCCUCCUCCUCGGGGGGCUCUGGUGCGAGGAGCCCCGGUACGAGGGGCCAUCGCCCGGGGAGCUGCCGUAGCCCGCGGGGUUCCUCCUCCCCCGGCCGUGCGCGGUGCUCCCGCACCCAGAGCGCGUGCAGCUGGCAUCCAGAGAAUACCCCUUCCUCCUCCUCCUGCUCCAGAAACCUAUGAGGAAUAUGGCUAUGAUGAUGCCUAUGCAGACCAGAGCUAUGAGGGCUAUGAAGGCUACUACAGCCAGGGCCAAGGGGACACAGAAUACUAUGAUUAUGGACACGGGGAGGCACAGGAAACCUAUGAAGCUUAUGGGCAAGAUGACUGGAACGGAACCAGGCCCUCCCUGAAGGCCCCGCCGGCCAGGCCAGUGAAGGGGGCCUACAGAGAGCACCCAUACGGACGUUAUUAAAAAACAAACAUGAGGGAAAAAUAUCAGUUAUGAGCAAACAGUUGUUACUGAUUCUUGUAUCUCCCAGGAUUCCCGUUGCUUUACCCACACCAGACAAGUAAUUGUCUAACUGUUUUUCUUCGUGGCCCUUUUUCUCCCACUCCAUCCUCACCCUGCAUUCUGGCUUCUGUACGUAGUAUUUUAAGAUGAGUUUUAAAUAGACUUAGAGGAGCGACUUUAAGUUCUUUUUAUCCCUUUUUUUUUUAAGUGUGUAGAUGGCUUUUCUUUCUUUGUUGUUUAGAUCAACACAAACUGUACCUUUUUUAAUUAAAAAGAAAACACACAAAAAAGAGUUAAAGCUGUUAGUUUCCAACGGGACGUGCUUCUUGCUUAGCAGUUAUGAAAUUAUGGGUUUUUAUAAGUUUGGUUUGAUUAAGGAACCCCAUAAAAGUUGUAGUUGCAGAAUCCCAAAGUAGGCUACAUUUCAAAAUUCAGGGCUGUUUUUAAGAGCUAAAAUCACAGAGUUAACGGUAGUGGCUGCCACCGUUUAAAAGGAACCUCAGCUGUCAAACCUUUCCUUAAAAGCAAGAUUGCUGGUGAAUCUUAAAGCUUACAUUUUAAGAUGAAGGAUCCUCUAACGAAUUAAAUAGCAUUGUUUUAAAGGUCAUUGACUUUUAAAGAACCAAAAAAGUAAAAAUUAGGUGUGUAAAAUUGACUUUUCUGACGUGGGUUUUGAAAUCUAGCCCCAAAACAGGCGGUGUUGAGAGGUGCUUGGGAAGCAGGAUGGCAAGUGCAAAGGGGUUCGUAGCGUGGUUCUAGAUGAAGAACUCUUAAAGGGGAAAAACAAUCCAAUGAAAGCUCUAACUGCCUAGUGUCUGAUACCAGAAAACAAAAGAGUAUUCCGUGAUAGGCCUGUGUAAAAUUACAGUCUUCUCAUUUCUUUUUUAUAGUGCUUGGGGCAGAUAACACAGAGCAAGUUAAAAACUGGCAGGAUGGCCGAUGUUAGCAAUCCCAUUGACUCGUUCAAGUGCAUCUCAACACGAGCUUUGCAUAAAAAGGGACACUGCAGCUGAAAAAAACAAAACCAAACCAAACCAUGAGGGGAAAAAACAAAAAGUCACUUUGUACAUAGGAUAAAGUCCUAAUUGGAUUUGUACACUGUCCUCCCACUCUGUUCCUGAAGAUUAAAUGCUACAUGUGUAAGUCUGCCUAAAUAGGUAGCUAAAACUUGUCAAAAUGUCUGCCGCAGUUUGUCAAUAAAGUUCAGUCCUUUUUUAAUCAAA